UUUUGUCGAGCGUGCAGCUAGAGAAUAUAUUCUGAAGAGAGAUCGUCAUCAUCAUGAAUUAUUACGACCAGCAACAGCCUGAUUUUGUUGGUGUUCCGCAACAGCCUCCUGUUGGUGUUCCUCAACAGCCUCAUGUACUUGGUGUUCCUCAACAGCCUCCUAUUGGUGUUCCUCCUCCUCAGUGGAAUCCAAAUUAUGUUGCCUAUCCUCCACCACCACCAGUAUAUCCUCCACCACCGGUAUAUCCUCCACCACCGGUCAGUAUCCAAAUGAAUAACAAUUCAACGCCACAAGUAGAGUACGUCUACGUGACUCAAAAACAAGAAACGGGUUUACUCGAGAGCUGUAUGGCGCUGCUCUGCUGUUGUUGCAUCUUUUCCAUAUUUCCUUGCUACUAUUGCUGAACAAAGAACUUCAGCGAUUCAGCCAUGCAUGGUCACUUGACUUCGAUCGCAAUAAGUAUGUAGGAGGCAUCAUUUUCGCAUAUUUUCACAUAUGUAUUUAUGUUUGUGCUUUCCAAUGUUUGAAUUGAUGUU